AUGUCUGUCAUUCAAGUCGAAGAUCUCGUCUCCUACCAGCUGCGUACAAGCUAUCUCAACGACAUUGCCGACGGCGUCGGCGAGCGACUUCUCACCGUAAACGAGAGCUUCAUCAACACCGCUCCCUUCAAAGCUGCAGGAUGGCGCCCGACGUCGAGCCACAACCGGACGCAUUCCCCUCCGAUUCCCACAGCGAUUGCGUCAGAAUACUUUCAGGCCCCGCGCCAGCUCGGAAUAUCGCUCGAGGAUGGAGAGGAUGACGGAGGUAUGCUGACACACGGGGGCGCCGACACCAUGGGACCCGGCAUCGCAACUAAGAGGCGCAGGCGCCGCGAGCAGAUGGAAGAGGACGACAGCAGUGACCUUACCGACGAGAGCGAGGAGGAGCAGGAGCAACGCGACGCGCAGCGAAUAAAGUUCGCCAAGAUGCCCGUCCGCAACCGCGCGGGAUCGUCGCCGCUGCAGAACACAGCCCUCAAGCAGCCAUUUGGCAGCACGUCGCCGAGAGCGGUGCGCCGCGGCUCGCAGUCGGCGCUGGAGACGGUCAAGGAGCGCCCGCGAAGAGAUACCGUCACUAGCAGCGAGAUCUCCUCCGAGAGCGAGUUUGACGUCCCGCUUGCGCAGCGCCACAGGGAGGCGGCACGGGCGGCGGCGCGCACGCUGAAGCUGCAGGAGAAGAUCAACGAGGAACCCACACCAGGCAUCAAACGCGCCGACACAACAUUACUACCAGAGGAGGAGGAAGACUCAGACGAGGCGUCUGAUAUAUUUGAGGACUACGUCGAAAGUAUCGACUCGGCGUCCAUUCUAAACGCCGUCGAAACCGGCACACCAACACACCCAGUCGUCGGCACCCCUCCGCGCAACUACCGCAGGCAGUCGACAGUGCGAAAAUCACAGCUCCCAGCUGAGCCUACAAAGCUGUCAGCCCUGCCGCCGCCUCGGCCUCUCAGCACCAUUCGACCACUGAGCAUUAUACAGCCCUCGAGUUUGCUUACCCAAGCUUUAAAAGCCAAAGAGCUCAAGCCAUCGACACCGUUUCAGAAGUUUGCACACUACAGCGGCCGGGGAACGCCAGGUUCCAUCGCCGUCCGAAUAUACCCAGCAUAUGCCAAGACAGCAAGCAAGCCGUUUGAGGUGCCUAUCCGGCCACGUGUGAGCGAUGGGCAGGGCGCUGAACGAGCUGUGACCGUUGCAGACCUCAUCGGCCUGAGUCUAUAUCGAUACAAUGAGGAGAAGAGAGAACCCCGUUUACCAGGUGACAAACUGAAUAUAAAUUGGUGGACAUUACGAAUGGUGGAAGAAGGCGGCGAAGUCGACGACGAUUUCCCGCCGUUUGAGAGAACAAAGCCUCUCGUCUCGUUUACUACUGUUCACAACGCAGGUAUGAGGGGCGGAGGCCGUAUGCGCUCCAACUCGAGAGCCUUUGACGACUUUGCGUUGGUGCUCGCGGACGAGGCCGAGUACCAGACGAACAAGAAGCUUACCCCACAAGACGACGAGGUAGCGGCACCACAGUCCGCCCCGGCCAACGAUGCAGAGGAUGCUCGAAAAGAAUUGUUACAGCCUGGCGUCGUCGCAAUGCAGACAGGACCCAGCCGGCCUCGGCAGAAUCCUAUUGUGACGACUACGUAUCGUCCCAAUACGCCACUGGCUGACGCGCCGCAGACGCCGAAUAUCAUGCCAAACACCAACAGAGGCCAGCAGAAACUACUGCGUGUGCACAUUAUGUCGUCUGACAUUGUCCCUGGGCAAAUGGUUACGGUCGACGUGACGACGGAUACAUAUCUGGAAGAGGUGCUCGAGUUGGUGUGCCGGAAGAGGCAGCUUGACAAGGCCAACCAUGUGCUCAAGCUGCCAGGCUCCGGGGCCGUGGUUAUGAUUGAUCGGCCGGUUUCGUCGAUUGGCAACGUCUCGGACCUGGAGCUGUACCGCCGCCGCUUUGCCACCGACGGCCCGCUGACAAUGGCAGGCUCGCCGAGCAACGCGUCGUCCCCUAGACCCGGGGCGGCGACGUCGCUCCCCGAGAGCCACAUGCUGCGCCGGGCCAACAAGCAGCGCGGGGCGGGACCCAUCAUGGGGGUGCACCCGCUGGCGCGCGAGGCGCUCAAGCAGGACGAGCUGAGCAACGAGGGAUACAAGAUGUACACGGUGUGGCGCAAGCAGCCGAUGCGACUGGUGCUGAGCGAGCGGCUGCUUCGGAUUGACGGCGAGUACAUUCACAUUGUGCCUGCGUCGGCGGGCAGGGCGCUGCAGGACAGCACGAGCAAGACGACGACUGUGCACUUUAGCAACGUGAUUGGGUGCAAGGUGCCUCGAAAGCACCCGACCAAUGUCAAGCUGGUGGUGUAUAAAGCAGCCGAGACGAAGCGCUAUGACUUUGAGGCGCGCAACGCCGACGAGGCUGCGGAAAUCGUCAGCGAGCUGAAAAAGGGCAUUGCUCCGUACAACCGAGACGUUUGA